CCAAAAUGGAACAAUCUGAGAGUCAAAGUACCCGUAGUCUUGCUCAUAGCUCAGACUUAAUGCCUUCUAAGAAGGAAUGAACUAUAUUCAGACCUAAUCCAACUUCAGGAACAAAUAAUGGGAGAGUAAUGAGUUUAUUUGGGCCAGAUAAUGGUAAAAGAGCAAUGCCAAAAGAACCAUUUGAGAAUAAGACGGUUUAUAGGAAGGAUUUAAAGAGAGAAAGUAUGGUACAAAGUUUGAAUGAGAGGUUGAAGAGGUUUAAGAUUAAAAAGCCUAAAAAGAGAUAUAUACAAACCAGAAAUAUAUCUCUAGCACAGUUGAAUCUUACCCAAAUUAAGACAGUAAAGCCAAGGUGUAUGAAAAGCCAGCUUGAAAUUCCUGUCAUUAAUAACAUAAAACAAUGAGAAAGAAUUUUACCUCCAUUGCCAUCUUCUACAAAAACAGUUAAUAAUUCAUCCUCAUUUAUCCAACACAGAAAGGAUGCUUAUGAGACAGUGACAAGAUGGGACCCUAUCCAACAGAAAAAUAUUAUGCUAACUGUUUGGAAAAGACCUUCACCUAAUUUCCUUGAAAUCAAGCCUGUCCGUAAGAAAAUAAGGAAGAAAAAGAUAAUUAAAUUGACUAAGAAGUUGAAUAAGUUAAAAAAGAGCAAAAUACUUGCACCUUUAGAGCCUGCUCAGUCUCCAGCUUCUCCUAGUUCGUCUAAAACUGUGACUCAAGAACGAUCAAAAAAUAGAAAAAGACAAAGACCUAAAAGCGAGUUGGAUAAUAGGCCCUCGAAUAUUCUCAAAAAUAACCUAGACAUUUUAAGAGGAGACUCUUUCACUAAUAAUGAUAAAGACAUUACGGGGGCAAGUCAAAAAAUUAGAAAGAUUGAAAAUAUUUGCAAGAUCAUGCUUAAACUUAGGGAUGUUGAGAAAAACAAAUGAUGCAAAAAAUUCGAUCAAUUUGGAUUUGAACCCUAUACUAAGCAAAGCUCUGACUCCGAUAGAAAAGAUGAUUCCCUUUCUUCCAGAAUAAUAAGGCUCCGCAAAAAGCGGAAAGAAGGCAAAGACAGAGCUCUAGACUCCCCUCUUGACAUGAUCCAGUCCAAAUUCAACCAAAUAUUCCGCUCCCUAAAAAACUAACCACCA